UUUAAGAGUGGAGUUUUACUUUCUGUUUUAAGUCUUAAAGGUUAUUGCUGGCAGUUUUGCCAUAUUACUGCCAGUCCAGUCAUAGGAGAGUGAAGAUUUGAAGUUCGGGAAGUUAAAAAUCGAGGAAAGUUGAUUUCGACGGUAAAGCAGGUUCGACCUUGUUUGAUCCUCAUUCGGAAGGAAUUCGUCAGCUCUGCCCAUGAUAACCCCUGUUCUGCCAGAAGUAUAGUGGGUUGGGUAAAGUUUUGCCAAAGAAAGGGUCAACACCAUGGAAGGCUGCUGGACCAGACAACAUUCCUGGUAGAGUAAGCACAAAAUACACUGCAGAUGCUGUGGUCAAAUUAACACGUACAAACAAGCUGGAGGAACUCAGCAGGUCGGGCAGCAUCCACUGCAUUUCAACGGAUGCUGCCUGACCUGCUGAAUUCCUGGUAGAGUGCUCAAGAGGAUGUGCAGACCAGCCAGCAGAAGUUCUCACUGACAUCUUCACCAUCUCCCUGAGCAGCACCACUGUUCCAACCUGCUUCAAGGCCGCCACCAUCGUCCCUGUGCCGGAGAAGUCUUCAGUGUCCUGCCUAAAUGACUACCGUCCCGUUGCACUAACAUCCAUCAUCAUAAAGUGUUUCGAGAGGCUCGUCAUGAGGCAUAUCAAGACCCUGCUGCCCCCUCACUGGACCCCCUGCAGUUUGCAUACCGUCCCAACUACUCAACAGACCCUUGCCACCACCCUCCACCUGGCCCUAAUCCACCUGGACAAAAAAGACACAUAUGUUCGAAUGCUGUUCAUAGACUUCAGUUCAGCAUUCAACACAAUCGUCCCUCAGAAACUGAUUGGAAAAUUGAGCCUACUGGGCCUGAGCACCUCCUUCCGCAACUGGAUCCUAGACUUCCGGACUGGGAGACCUCAGUCAGUCCGGAUCGGAGGCAGCAUCUCCAACACCAUCACACUGAGCACGGGGGCCCCCCAGGGCUGCGUGCUCAGUCCACCGCUGUUCACUCUGCUGACCCACGACUGUACUACAACACACAGCUCCAACCACAUCAUCAAGUUUGCCGAUGCCAUGACCGUGGUGGGUCUCAUCAGCAAGAACGAUGUGUCAGCUUACAGAGAGGAGGUGCAGCGGCUAACGGACUGGUGCAGAGCCAACAACCUGUCUCUGAAUGUGAACAAAACAAAAGAGAUGGUUGUUGACUUCAGGAGGGCAGGGUGUGACCAAUCCCCGCUGAACAUUGACGGCUCCUCGGUAGAGAUCGUAAAGAGCACCAAAUUUCUUGGUGUUCACCUGAUGGAGAAUCUUACCUGGUCCCUCAACACCAGCACCAUAGCAAAGAAAACCCAGCAGCGUCUCUACUUUCUGCAAAGGCUGAGGAAAGUCCAUCUCCCACCCCCCAUCCUCAUCACAUUCUACAGGGGUUGUAUUGAGAGCAUCCUGAGCAGCUGCAUCACUGCCUGGUUUGGAAAUCGCACCAUCUCGGAUCGCAAGACCCUGCAGCGGAUAGUGAGGUCAGCUGAGAAGAUCAUCGGGGUCUCUCUUCCCGCCAUUACGGACAUUUACACUACACGCUGCAUCCGCAAAGCUAACAGCAUUGUGAAGGACCCCACACACCCUUCAUACAAACUCUUCUCCCUCCUGCCAUCUGGGAAAAGGCACUGAAGCAUUUGGGCUCUCACAACCAGACUAUGUAACAGUUUCUUCCCCCAAGCUAUCAGACUCCUCAACACCCAGAGCCUGGACUGACACCUUACUGCCCUGUUGUCUUGUUUAUUAUUUAUUGUAAUGCCUGCACUUUAUGCUGUCCAGGGUA